AUGUCUCCUCAGUCUCGUCCACCGACACAUGGCCAGUUGGCCAAAGCCCUCCCAGGUCUCACGGCAUAUUUAACAGGCCACAAUCCUUCGACUGGGAGCACGACUAUCCAGGAGAGGCGACCAGCGAAAUGGCAGUCAAUCGAUGAGGGCGGAAUGGCGUUUAAUGUUCCAUUCACCACCUCAGAAUUCCCAGUAUCCAUGAACAACGACAUCGACAUCAUCAAGCAUGACGAGAGGUUGCAAUCGGGAAAUUUGGGCAUCGUUAACCCUGGAGGAACUGUCUUGCGCUUCGUAGACUUUGCCCCUGGGUUUGAAUCUAUGAUGCAUAGAACCAGAAGUCUUGAUUACGGUAUUGUUGUUGAAGGCGAGAUCGAAUUGAUUCUCGAUUCCGGCGAGAAACAACUUCUGCAGCGAGGUGAUGUUUGUGUCCAGAGGGGUACAAACCAUGCCUGGAAGAACCCCAGCAAAACAGAAUGGACCAGAGUAGUUUACAUUCUACAAGAUUCUCAGGCGGUGGAACUUGGAGGGAAGCCUCUGAAGGAGUAUCUGGGGCGAAGUGAAGGAGAGAUCCCGGCUAGUGGAAAUGAUUAA